GCAAAAGAGUACACACACAGUCACACACGUGUGCGUUGCCUAUAUAAAACGUCACAGUUUCAUUCUCUUCUCUCCGAUACUUUUCCCCCAAAUUUGAUUUUUGCAGACUCAUCGGAACCCUAACCCUAACAAACCUUCACUUCGUCACCUUUCUCCAAUUCCAUCUUCUCGCAGAUAAUGGGUGAAACAAAGGAAGAAGCAUACGAGGAAGAACUUCUUGAUUACGAAGAGGAAGAUGAUAAAGCUCCUGAUUCCGUUGGAACUAAAGUUAAUGGUGAAUCUGGGAAGAAGGGCUAUGUUGGGAUCCACAGUUCAGGAUUCAGAGACUUUCUUCUAAAGCCAGAGCUUCUUCGGGCUAUUGUGGACUCAGGAUUUGAGCAUCCUUCUGAAGUGCAACACGAGUGCAUACCUCAAGCAAUUCUUGGAAUGGAUGUAUUAUGCCAAGCAAAGUCUGGAAUGGGAAAAACUGCUGUUUUUGUUCUAUCAACUUUGCAGCAGAUUGAUCCUGUUCCAGGCCAAGUUUCUGCUCUUGUUCUGUGUCAUACAAGGGAAUUAGCAUACCAGAUAUGCCAUGAGUUUGAAAGGUUCAGCACCUACUUGCCUGAUCUCAAGGUUGCUGUCUUUUAUGGUGGUGUCAACAUUAAAGUUCACAAGGAUCUGCUGAAAAAUGAAUGCCCUCAUAUUGUCGUUGGUACACCUGGAAGAAUACUAGCAUUGGCCAGGGAUAAGGACCUUUCUUUGAAGAAUGUUAGGCAUUUCAUUUUGGAUGAAUGCGACAAGAUGCUGGAAUCACUGGACAUGAGGAAAGAUGUGCAAGAUAUUUUCAAGAUGACUCCCCACGAUAAGCAAGUUAUGAUGUUUUCUGCAACACUCAGCAAGGAAAUUCGCCCAGUCUGCAAGAAGUUUAUGCAAGAUCCAAUGGAAAUUUAUGUUGAUGACGAAGCAAAGUUGACCCUUCAUGGUCUUGUUCAGCACUACAUCAAAUUGAAGGAGGAGGAGAAGAACCGAAAGUUGAAUGAUCUUCUUGAUGCACUGGACUUCAAUCAAGUUGUGAUCUUUGUGAAAAGUGUCAGCAGAGCAGCUGAGCUGGACAAACUACUUGUGGAAUGCAAUUUUCCAUCCAUAUGCAUUCAUUCUGGAAUGUCCCAGGAAGAAAGGUUGAAGCGGUAUAAAGGUUUUAAGGAGGGCCAUACAAGAAUUCUUGUAGCAACAGAUUUAGUUGGCAGGGGAAUUGACAUUGAACGUGUGAAUAUAGUGAUAAACUAUGACAUGCCUGACUCUGCAGACACAUACUUGCACAGGGUUGGCCGAGCUGGAAGGUUUGGCACCAAAGGCCUUGCAAUUACAUUUGUUUCAUGUUCAAGCGAUGUUGAUGUUCUCAAUAAUGUUCAGUCCCGGUUUGAGGUGGAUAUAAAACAGCUUCCUGAGCAGAUUGAUACAUCUACCUACAUGCCAUCAUAAUAAGCUUUUGUGGUAAUCCUUUGAAUCAAUUGGAUGCUAUGGAUUAGCUUUUGCAGAUCAGUUGUACCUUAUAGGCCAGCUAAACAAGGUUCUUAGAACUGGUGAUUCGCCUUGUCAUGGUCCAGUCCAUGUACUUCUAUUGACCCGUGAAACCAUUUUAUCGUUGGAGAUAAACUUGGUAUUUGGAUUUUGCAAUAUGACUGCAUACAUAUAUCUGGAUUAAUAUACUGUAUUCUAUAUUAUGUAGGGUUUUUGCUCCUAAAAGACUUGAUGUUGUUUUCAUAAAUUUAUAUCUUAAUGUUCAAUUGAUUAGAUUGGGAAGUUAAUAUAGUGGAUGAGUUUAUUUAACUAGUCUUCUGCUUGAAUGCAUCAAGGAAUUACAUAUUAGGCUCUGCUAAUUAUAAGAUUAUUUUAGUAAUGCUUCUUCAUUUCGGGUCUUGUUAAGUGUGAUAUUAACUCUUUGGUUAUGUAGUACAUCCCAAUUUUGAUCUCUGAAUUUGCUGAGGUAUAUGAAUCUCCAUAAAUAUACAAUAGGUUAUCCGUCCCUUGUUGAAUGAGCUGCGCA